AUGAAUUUAUUGACCUGGAACUGUAGAGGUGCUGGGAGUCGGGGAUUCUCUUCAUUGAUGAAUGAUUUGAUUAAAGAAUAUAACAUAGGCAUGCUUUGCCUCAUGGAGACUCAUAUUAGUGGUGAAAAAGCCUUACGAGUGAUAAAUAGGAUUUCGCUAGAUAAAUCCUUUCUGGUACAUGCUAAUGGACAAGCAGGAGGACUCUGGUGUUUAUGGGAUUCACGCCAAUGGCACCUUGAUAUUCUGGAAAAUAACUCACAAUUUAUUCACCUAAAGAUUCUCAAUGGGGAAAAGCCUUGGUAUUGUACUCUAGUGUAUGCCAGCCCUCAACCUCAAGGUCGUAUUUCUCUAUGGAAUGACCUUAGCAGGAUUGGAAAUUUGAUUGAUGGGCCGUGGAACUUAAUAGGUGAUUUUAAUGCUGUCCUUAGACCAUAUGAACGCUCAGGUGGUUCAGUUAGUGCUAGCCUUAGAGGUGAUACUGCAUUUCGAGAGUUUGUGAAUAAAUGUCAACUCUUGGAUAUUGGAUAUAAUGGAGCUCCUUUUACUUGGCGUAGGGGUCCAGUGUUUGAAAGGUUGGAUAGAUCGUUAGCUUCAUUUGAUUGGCGUAUAUUAUUUCCGGAGGCUUCUCUCACUCAUCUUAACCCCUUAAAGUCCGAUCAUGCUCCAAUUCUCGUAAAGUUUUCUUCGGGUUGUUACGUUCGCAGUGGUAGACGGCCUUUUCGUUUUGAAGCUGCAUGGCUUACUCAUGAUUCCUUUUCAGCCUUUUUGAAAAAACAAUGGAAUACUCAUUAUAAUUGGAGUCUCCGUAUUGAUCAUACUAAGGGUGCCUUGAAGGAGUGGAAUAAGGCCACCUUUGGAAAUAUCUUUCAUGCUAAGCACCGUCUCCUACGUCGGCUAAAUGGCAUUGCUCGUGAACUCCUAAAGGGUCCAAACCACUAUCUAGAAAGAUUACAAGCUGAGUUAUGGACUAGCUUGGAUCGUAUCUUGGUGCAAGAAGAAAUAUUUUGGCUACAGAAAUCUCGUUGUAAAAUGUAA